AUGAUGAACAGAGCUUCCGUUUUGAUAAAUAGCAGCAAGCGAUUGUUGAAUUGCCUUGAACAACGAAUUAUUCACUCCGAUCCAACACCAGCCGGUCCUAUUGUCUAUGCUGAAAAUAAUGCUCAAGAAGCUAUAGAUGAAGCUAACGAAAAAUACAGACAAACCGGCCAAAAUGUUGGAGAAAAGAUGCAGAAGGGUUAUGAAAAGUUAACUGAAGAGAACAAAGAUCGAGAGAAUGUCAAAGGAGUGUCGGACUAUGGCAACGAUGACGUUAGCCAAACUGGAAAAACACAAUCGGGCGAAUUCCUAACCCGUAGCACUGAUGUUGAGAAGGGAGCUCAUCAACAGGAUAAGAAAAAUGCGCAGGACUCCACUGCACGAGAGAUUAAGGAUGCCGAUGAGCUAAAGCGGGAGAAGGGCAAAGUCUCUAAGGUCGAUGAAAGAACUGGGGAUACUUCGGAAGCUAUAAAACCGAUAAAGUAG